GUGUAUUUGUUCGACUCCAGACGGCUGUUUCUGGGUUUUCCAGUAAAAACAGGAGGGAAAAGCUGGAGGGUGGAGACCAGGACUGACAUCAGAGUAACGUGGAUCCACUCUUUUAAGAGUCAGGCCAUGCCGUGUGCUCACUAAAGCACGGCACGCAGGAAAGCAGCACAUCCGUGGGAGAAACACACAUCUGGAUUUGCUUUUUGGAGGAGUGAGAAACAUGGAGAACGACAUACAAUUAACAACAUCAUCCAUCCUUUCCACAAUCCCUACGGCCGUCUCCAGGAACAACCUCACCAACGACACCCAGUGUCCACAUUGGGACGUGUGGGACUGGUUGUACAUCAUGCAGCCUGCUUACAUGUUCAUCAUCUGUGUGCUGGGAAUCCUGGGAAACAUCUUUGUCCUGCUGGUCUUCGGCCUGCAUAAGAAAGCGUGUACGGUGGCGGAAAUCUACUUGGGGAAUCUGGCGGCUGCCGACCUCCUGUUGGUCUCAUGUUUGCCGUUCUGGGCCAUCAACAUCGCAGAUGGGUUUAACUGGCGAUUCGGCUCGCUCAUGUGCCGACUAGUCAACACAGGCAUCAAAAUGAGCAUGCUUUGCAGUAUUUACUUACUAGUGUUGAUUAGCGGCGACCGCUAUGUCGCACUCGUCCACGCUUUGUCACGUGGUAGAAUGAGACGACCGCGGUACGCCAAGCUCAACUGCAUCGCCGUCUGGUUUUUCGGAUUAAUCCUCAACUACCCAACGCUUCAUUUCCGGGACACUCAGUUCAUCCCGGAGCUGAACAUCACGGCUUGUAUUUUGAACUAUCCGAACCCCAACAUUGGCCUUGCUCAUCUUCUGCAGUUGAACCUGGUGGGCUUUGCUCUGCCGAUCCUGGUCAUCACGUUCUGCUGCGUCAAUAUCAUCCGGGCUUUGAAGCGACGGAGACACAUCGAUUAUUGUGAGGACAGAAACGACAAGAAGGCUACGGUCCUGGUGUGCGCCGUCACCCUGCUCUUCCUCAUCUGCUGGGGUCCGUUUCACUUCAUGACUUUGCUAGACUUACUCUGUGAUCUGAAGGUUUUGGAUCAGAAUGAGUGGUCUCACUUUCUAAACAUCGGAAGCCAGUUUUCUGUGUACCUUGCAUUCUCAAACAGCUGCCUGAAUCCGGCGCUGUAUGUUUGCUCAGGAAAGUAUUUCAAGAGGAAAGUCAGCAGCAUCUAUAAUAGAAGAAAACACUCCUUGGAUGCGACUGCUCUACAGCGGACUGUUUUAACCUCUACGACAACCGCCAAUCAAAUCAAGCCUGUUGUGUUAUAUGAGAAAGACUAG